CGGACGAGGUUCCGUGACUCAGGGAGAGAGAGAGGAGUCAGGGAAGUUGCGCCCAGGUGUGGUGGGGUGGGGUUUUUAAGCUGCAGCGGUUCUGGGUUUAGGUCCAGGUGGGCCUUUUUCGUGGCAGGUCGUGCUGUCGCUCGGUGAUUGGUUGACCUCCGAUUCGUUGUGGCAACUUUUCGUUGGGUUGCACUGGCAAGAUGGCUGUCCCCUCUACUGUGGUUCCAAGGACAUCCUAACAAUUACUACGUAGCUUUUUGUUUUUGUUUUUGUUUUUAAGGGUAGGGACAGUCUGAUGAAUUUUUUUGCCUGCAGCAGAAGCCAAAAAUAUGGGAAGGCCUAGACUUCGUGGGAUUUGCUUGCAGAGGUGGAGCCCCCAAAGGACUAGGAGAAGAAGGAAGUUAAAAGGUGUUAAAUACUGAGGCCAGCUUGCCCUGGUCAGCCUAGAGAUCUGGCUUCCUAGUCAACAUGAAGGCUCUCCUUUUUCUGGGGCUUCUCCUCCUGUCCGUCACCGUCCAGGGCAAGAUCUUUCAAAGAUGUGAGCUGGCCAAAACUCUGAAAAGACUUGGGAUGGAUGGCUUUAAAGGUGUCAGCCUGGCGACCUGGGUGUGUGUGGCCAAAUGGGAAAGUGAUUAUAACACAAGGGCUACAAACUACAAUCCUGGAAGCCGAAGCACUGAUUAUGGGAUAUUUCAGAUUAAUAGCCGUUACUGGUGUAAUGAUGGCAAAACCCCCCAUGCAGAAAAUGCCUGUCAUGUAUCCUGCAGCGAGUUGCUGCAAGAUAACAUCAGUCAAGCUGUAAAAUGUGCAAAGAGGGUUGUCAGUGAUCCACAAGGCAUUAAAGCAUGGGUGGCGUGGAAAAAACACUGUCAAAACAAAGAUGUCUCUCAGUAUGUUCGGAACUGUGGAGUGUAACUGUUGGAGUUUUCCUUCUUCAGCUCAUUCUAGGUCUUUUUCCUUUAAGGGAGUAGUGAUUGAGUGAAAGGUCACACUACUAUUCUUUCAAACAAUAACAUUUUUACAGAUGCAGGAGCAAAAUAUGGUCUUUAUUCUAAAAGGCUUGUUUACAAAUGUGUUUAUUAUUUGAUAGUCAUCCUGUAACAUUUUUCAGUUUGCUAAUAGAAAUAAUGCUGGUGAAAGCUUAUCUAAAAUCUUGCCUAUCAAAUACAUCCCCAGUACAUUCAGUUCUUAAAGAAAUAACCCAGACUUAAUCUUUAUUACUCCCCAGUAGUUUAUAAAAAUGUAACAGAAGAUUGUCUUACAACAAAUUGAUCAUAGGCAAAAUUCUAGCUUCAUAGGCAUCUGAUGCCUUCAUCUGUUCAGGCAUCUCCAAAAACAGUAAAAACAAAAACAAAAUACACACACACACACAUGCACACACAGAAAAAUAACAAAAACAAACCAAACCAAAACACUCUGUUGGACAAUAUCAAGUAAAAAUGCUAAAUGACAAAAAUGAAAACAGCCUGAAUUAAGGAUUUUGCUUUUCUAAAGUGUGACCUUGGUUUAAAUGUUUUCUCAGAAAUGUUGCUUUCAUACUCCUUUAAAAAUAAAUUAACAAUUUAUGUGUCAAUCUAUUUUAGCCCUUUGAAGAAUUCUUCUGUGUACUUUUCUGAUUAUGAAGGAAUAUAAAGGACUAGAUGAGUUGUUGCUGUUCUUUAAUUUUAUUAACUUAGAUUCAUGCAGAAUGAAUAAAUCCUGAAAUAAUUGCUGAUUAACCACAAAUGUGAAAUUAUGCAUGCUGUAAAAAAAAUACAAACAUUAUCAUUAAA